GAAUUCAUCAGGAGAAUUUUUUUUUUGGAUGACAGUCAUCGGGAGAAUUAUGUUCGUAUGGUAUAAUCACAAAUCCUAUCUCCACAGAAAUCACUUGGUUACGUCAUGAAUCAUGAUUAGUGGUGUCUCAGGUCUAAGUGAACAGUUCUUUCGACCAGAUCAAAUAAAGCCGCAAACUCAUACUUUUUCAGCUGCAAGAAAUCUGAGGUCUAAAUUGACGCGCACGAUAGCUUACAGAGUUGUAUACAGUAGCUAGCGUACGUUCUGGUAAAGUUUCACCUGGGCCGCCAUGCCGGUCAUGAUUAAUUUAUUAUUAUUCUUUAUUCAUUUCAUGAAGAAAAAAUUGCAGACCACGUAGACGCUCCCCCCACAUAGUACUGCUAUAUAUACAGUACUUAUCCAGCUUGAAGAUCAUCAAGAAGAAGAACACUUUCCUUUAAGGUAUAGGUAAAGUAUGGAGCUUCUUCACUUUGAUGCAAAAAUGUUAAUGUCUCUGGCUAUGCUUGGAGUCAUAGGGUUAUUAGUACGUCUGUAUAAUGGGCUUGUGGUGAAGCCGAAGAGGCUGCGGUCCUUGAUAACCAAGCAAGGCAUCAGCGGUCCCUCGCCAGCUUUUCUCCUGGGAAAUAUCAUGGACAUUAAGAAGGCUCGUCCGAGCAGCAUUACUAAGGCUCCGACAAGCGAACCCCCCACCUCCCACAACUGUGCUGCCCUUCUCUUCCCCUUUUUUGAGCAGUGGAGGAAGCAAUAUGGUGAAGUGUUUGUGUUUGCACUCGGCAACACACAGGUACUAUAUGUGAACAAACCUGAGGCAGUGAAGGAGAUUACCACAUGCACAUCCUGGGACUUGGGGAAGCCUAGUUAUCAGUAUAAAGAGCGCCGUCCCUUACUUGGUCAUGGUAUUCUAACCUCGAACGGUGCCUCAUGGGCUCAUCAGAGAAAAAUCAUUGCUCCUGAACUAUACAUGCAGAAAGUUAAGGGAAUGAUCAAAUUAAUCACAGAGUCUACAAUUGCUCUGGUAAAUUCAUGGAACAGUAAGAUUGAGGCACAGGGAGGAAUUGCAGACAUAAAAAUGGACCACUAUAUGAGAAGUUUCUCUGGUGAUGUUAUCUCAAGGGCGUGUUUCGGAAGCAACUAUUUGAAAGGGGAAGAGAUAUUUCAGACACUAACCGAUCUCCAAGAGGCCAUGGCCAGGAAACUUUUCUUGACCGGAAUACCUGGAUUGAGACACUUUCCAACAAAGAGUAAUAGGGAGGCUUGGGCAUUAGAGAAGGAGGCUGCAACUUUGAUACUACGGGUAGUGAAGGAGAGACAGGCUGCGGGGUACGAGAAAGACCUAUUGCAAAUGAUUCUUGAGGGGGCUAAAAACAGUGACCUUAGCCAGGAGGCAGCAGACCGUUUCAUUGUCGAUAACUGCAAAAACAUUUACUUGGCUGGAUAUGAAACCACAGCAGUUUCUGCCACAUGGUGCCUCAUGUUGUUGGCUUUGAAUCAAGAAUGGCAAGAACGUGUCAGAGCGGAGGUUCUUCAAGUUUUCGAGGGCCGAAUUCCAGAUGCUGAUAUGCUCCUUAAGAUGAAACAGCUAACAAUGGUGAUUCAUGAAUCGUUGCGCCUUUAUCCCCCAAACACUGUGGUGUCAAGGGAGGCUCUCAAGGACUUGAAAUUUGGAGACAUUCAUGUGCCAAAGGGUGUCAAUGUUUGGACAGAUGUAGUAACCCUACACACCGAUCCUGAAAUAUGGGGACCGGAUUCCUACACAUUCAACCCCGAGCGAUUUUCCAAUGGGAUCUCUGGUGCCUGCAAGCUUCCCUACUUGUACAUGCCGUUUGGGAUUGGACCACGAAUAUGUCUUGGACAGAACUUUGCAAUGGUUGAACUCAAGAUUCUGAUAGCUCUCAUACUCUCCAACUUCUCCUUCUCACUAUCUCCCAAGUACAUCCACAAGCCUUCUCUUAAGUUGGUUAUUGAACCAGAACACGGAGUUGAUCUCUUGGUAAAAAAGCUGUGAGUACGUUGGUUAGUACUUAUUCUGCUGUAAAAUAAGAAAGGGGAAGGGGUUAAUUUCCACGUACGUAUAUAAGCUUCUUGCUUCUACGAACAGGGUUUGGUUCCCUGUUGUGUAUAAUUACUUGGGUGCUUUAAAGCUCCACUUUUACAUUUACUAGAUACUACAACCCACGCGAUGCUGCGGUUUUUUUUUUUCUCCCUCAAACUUUGUCAGUAAUAUUUUUUUUUCCCUCAAA